CGGCAGGGGGGGUUUCGUCAUGGCUGCCUCCUAGAGUCGACAUCAAUAAAGAGAAACGCUGUUAGCGGCGGCAGCAGAGCAGGAAGCAGAGAGGCGACCGCAGAGCAGACAGAGCACACGAACAGCCGAAGAGAGAUGACUUCCUAAACGCAGAGAUUCCGCUAGCAGACUAGAGGAAGAUAAACGACAUUCGCAUUUUACAAGACGGAGCUCGAGAAGUGGGAAAUGGAGAAACAGCAGCAUCCGUCGGGUUCAGAGAGUCCGGUGCUGCCGCCUGUCCCGCGUAAACCUCGGAACCUCGGAGGAGGCAUCCCUGCACCUCGACAAGACAGCGUGGAUUCAUUAGACAGUCCUGGAUCUCAUGUGGAGUGGUGUAAACAGCUGAUAGCGGCCACUAUCUCCAGCCAGAUCUCUGGUGGUGUCCCUCCAGAAGCCAUUAUCAAUGAAUGCAAGGUUGGGAAGAAGAUAGAUUUCAGGUCUCAGGACUCUGGUGAAGAUGGCUGUCAGUUUGACAGUGACUAUGAACUGCCAUCUCACACUACGCAGGUUUUCAAGGAUGUACGAAGGCAGGCGCCCAUGGAUGAAGUCCCACUGGUCCCUGGAGAGACAAUCAAAACCACUGUUAAAGAUGUGAUGUAUAUCUGUCCUUUCACUGGAGCUGUGACUGGCACACUCACAGUCACAGACUACAAACUCUACUUUGUCAGUCUAGAACGGGACGGUCAUUUCAUAUUGGAUGUGAACCUGGGUGCCAUCAGCAGGUUGGAGACUAUCAGUGUACAGAGUCUUGGGGAGAAUACUAGUGGCAUGGAGAUCGUCUGUAAGGAUAUGAGGAGUCCGAGGUUUGCUUAUAAAAAGGAAGAACAGAGUAGCCUGGAGAUUUUGGAGGUGUUGACCAAGUAUGCCUUCCCCCUGUCCAAUGAGCUGUCCCUAUUUGCCUUCAAAUACAAAGAGCAGUUUCCAGAGAAUGGAUGGAAGGUUUAUGAUCCAGUGGCAGAAUAUAAAAGAAUGGGUUUGCCAAACGAGAGCUGGACCAUCAGUAAGAUCAACAGUAAUUAUGAAGUGUGUGACACUUACCCUGCUCUGCUCGUUUCCCCAACCAGUAUUAAGGAGGAUGAGAUCAAACGAGUGGCCUCUUUCAGAGUAAAACAUCGCAUACCAGUCCUCUCAUGGAUCCACCCAGAAACUCAGGCCACUAUAGUUCGCUGCAGUCAGCCCAUGGUGGGCCCAACAGACCGCCGGUGUAAGGAGGACGAGCAUUACCUCCAGACCAUCAUGGAUGCCAAUGCGCAGUCCCAUAAACUCACCAUAUUUGAUGCUAGACAGAGCAUUGUGGCUGAUAAUCACAAGGCUAAGGAUGGAGGUUAUGAGAAUUAUAAUUUCUAUCCUAACAUGGACCUGAAUUUCCUGGAGAUCCCAAAUAUUCAUGUUAUAAGAGAGUCUCUGCGUAAGCUGAAGGAAGUGCUCUACCCUACCAUCAACUAUCCACACUGGCAUUCAGCUAUAGAUGCCACACACUGGCUGCAGUACAUACGGCUUUUGCUUGUGGGUGCGGUGCGGAUUGCAGAUAAGGUUGAGUCGAGUAAGAGCUCUGUGGUGGUGCACUGCAGUGACGGCUGGGACCGCACAGCUCAGCUCACCUCUCUGGCCAUGCUGAUGCUGGAUUCAUACUACAGGACUCUCAGGGGCUUCCAGGUGCUGCUGGAGAAGGAAUGGAUCAGCUUCGGACACAAGUUUGCUGCGCGUGUUGGUCACGGAGAUGAAAACCAUGCAAACUCUGAGCGCUCACCUCUAUUUGUGCAGUUCAUCGACUGUGUUUGGCAAAUGAUGAGACAGUUUCCCACUGCCUUCGAGUUUAAUGAGCUCUUCCUCAUCACUAUCCUGGAUCACCUCUACAGCUGUCUGUUUGGUACAUUCCUUUACAACAGCGAGCAGGAGCGAGUAGAAAAGGAAGUGAACAGUAAAACCGUGUCUUUGUGGUCCUACAUCAAUAGCCAGCCAGAGGACUUCACCAACCCAUUUUAUGUGGACUAUGAAAACCAUGUUCUGUUCCCUCUGGCUAGCCUCAGACAUUUGGAGCUCUGGGUUGGAUACUAUGUACGCUGGAACCCCCACAUGAGACCACAGAUGCCUGUGCACCAGAACCUGAAGGAGUUAUUGUAUCUCCGUGCAGAGCUACAGAGGAAGGUGGAAGAGUUACAGAAAGAAGUAUCUUCAUCACACUCUAUCUCCUCUUCAUCAGAGCAUGCGUAUUCUCCCACAAAUGGCGGUACACCUCUACACACCUCUGUGUAAAUUGCAUGCAACACUCACAUUAGAGAAUUCAUCAUUAACAGAAUGUGUGGAAGGAAUCUAUAGGUUACAGUAAACAUAGUAAUGUGAAGUCUAAAUCUAUUGGUCGUUUCUCACUGGAUAAUGUUUUGGGCAGGAUGUAUAGAGGCCCAGCACAUACACAUGUGAAAACCUGCAUGAACACCCAAAAAGAGGACAGUCUUCCACACAAUUCAGGUUCAUUUCGGUUGUGUGGAACUGCUCCUAUAGACUGAUUUCCAGGAAAGCGUUGAUUGUAAUUGAGUUUAUGAAAAAUAGGCCAGUAUUUUCAAUUGUGUUUAACUUGACUUGUAAUUAUUGACAUAAGUUUUAAUAAUUUAUUUGUAUGUAGUCGAGGUAAUAUGAGCAUCCUUUUCUAUUUCAAAGCAUUUCUGUAGUUUUUGUGUAAUAGUUUUUCUUUACUGCCUUUGUGCCAAUACCAGACCAACCUUUAAACUUUUCACUCAAAAAAUCUUACAUGAACAUAUUAUUCCUCUUCCUAUCAGCUCGUUCAUAUUGUGUCUUGUGCUCAAGUUUUAAAAUUACUUUAUUAGAUUAGAUUUUUAAAAUUUUUUUAUAAGGAAUGGGGUUUUGAAUUGUUAUUGCUAUUGCUUUUGCGAUACUGCCAUUUUGAAACCACAUACUGUAUUUGUUUUCAUUUUUCUGUAGCACUUGUUAGUAUGAAAGUGGAAUUAGGUUUUAAUGUGCACACCCUACUACUGCACUACUACUGUACUUUCAUGUACUACUGAAAUUUAUGUUUACACAAGGUAAAUAGGGACCAUCUGAUAUACACACACACACAUAUAUAUAUCAACUCAUGAUUGAUUAAGCAAGUGCAAAUAUUUUUUUUUUAUAUAUAUAUAUAUAUAUAUAUCUGUGAAUCGCUCCCAUAUUUAAGCCAUUCCUAUUUAAUUGGAAUCCUUGGUGUUUGACAUAUAAUGUUUAAAAAAUAUAUAUAUGUAAUAAUUAUAAUGCACCUUAAAAAUAAUAUAUUGUGUAUUUGUUUUUGUUUUUUUCUUUGAGUGUAUUUUUGUAUUUGUGCAACCCUGGUUAUUCUUUACACACACACAUUUUUUACUUCUGUUAAAAAAAAUUGACUCCAGAAACUUGCAACCUUACUUGAAGAAAAAUAAAUAGGAAGGAAUCCAAGACAAGAUAAAUUGUUUAUUAUUGGGUUUCUUAAUGCUGAUCUUUUACCACCAAGUGAGAUACAGAGUGAAGUUUGAGUACAUUUGAAUAUUAAAAUGUCUAGAAGAGGAUUGCCAGUUGAUAUCUGUGUAAUUAAUUGUGUUUUCAUCACAGUCUGUAUUUGAGUGAGCAGGCACUGAUAUAAACUGUGAUUUUAUGCUGAAAGUCAAUAUUUCUGAGGUUCACAUCAAAACUGAAUUUCGGUUCAUUCAAUGACAGAUAAAGCUGUAGCAUUACAGUCUGAUCUGUGGCAGUUCCAUGAUGCAAGAACUAAACUGGCAGUGCAAAUCAAGACACUUCAGAAACGUAUGUCCCAAUAACAAAUUUUUCAAGUUAAUAAAUAAACCCAGUACACAAGUAAAACCUUUAAUAUCUACAGCUAGAAUCCAAAACAUGCAUAUCUGUACAGUUCAGCGCGUACACCCUUGUUUUGACAAAAUUGCAACUAUACUGGCCAAACGACACCAGAGAGAGCCCAGAGAUCCUUACAAAUGCAACAUCCACCAUAUAAACUACUAGUACCCAGAAAUGUAGAUGGUCAAUUGAAGGAAUUAGGGAGGUUUUAACAGUCACAUAAUGCGUCCAAGCAACAAAUCUGGAAGCAGUUCAACACAAACAGGUGAUAAUGUUGUCGAAAAAGUUCAAGACACUUGUGAAUUUCCACAUUUGCCUUAACCGAGACUGUUGUACCUUUCACUCAGCUGUUUCAAAUUCAUUACACUGGAUCACUAGACUCACACCAAAGUCAAAGAACAUGCAAAAAGGCAAAACCAUCACAUUUCAUCUUUGGUGUUCUUCAUUUCUAACAAGUGUAGCACCAAAAAAAGCUACAUUGUUCUGGUAGCCAAAGCAGUAAAAAGAGUUACAUUCAGCUAACAUUCUCUUUGUUGAUUUUCAUCCUAGAUACUCUACCAAAAGCCUUGGUAGGACGCGCAUUUAAAGGAACGUACCAGGCAACAUUCUGCGCCGAUAUGUCUCCGACAUCAUUACCAUUCGCAAGACUUGUAAAACUGCUUUAUCUUGGGCGUGUGAGUAAACAAUAUUUCAGAUGUGUUUAAACUGCAGUAGUGUUAAGGUGAGGUCACAUUUACCGUUGUUUGGCAUUUUUUUGCAGGUGUAAUUUCAACAAGAAUCUAUGUGAUCAGGAAUUUUGCACAAGGGCAAAUGAUUUUGGCGCGCAGAAUUCGCAGCGCAAAUUAGUCACACAAAUCAACAGAAAGCCACCUAAACAGCAUUUUUGCCUGCGAAAUUUCAGAGAAUGUGACCACACCUUUAAACUGGAACAACGUACGUAACCUAGUACGUCUAGUUUGUAGACAUUCAAGUGAGGCAGCCCUUCUAACGGUCGUGACGGUUAGUGCUGUGUUAGUAAGCUAGCAUGUCUUCCCUAAUGUUAGCGUUGUAAGGCAUUGGGAAGGAAAGCACCAUUGGCAAGGGCUUGGGUUGGGGGUAGCAAAGGUGCACCUGAAUUCACAGUGAAAAACAACAGCUACAGGAAAAUCUGGAGCAUCUCAAGUGGGGGAGAGGAUGGUAAGGACUGAGCCGCUUUUUAAUCCGGUUUUGCUAAUUUGCCAAUUCUAGAUGGUGGCCUUCUAAAUCAAGAGAAAUGAGGGCUCUGGUCAAGCUCUGUGGCACAAACGCCAGACCCAUGGCAAAUGAAGUGGGGAAAAUUAGCAAAACAGGAAAGCAGCUGGGGACUCGUUAAGGCAAUAGCAAAACUAGCGAGGGUGUAACAGGUCUCUAAAAAGUCUCAAAGCUAAAGUUCAAACAUGCUACAAACAAUACAAACACUAAGCUAGGGCGAAAAAACGACUCCCCGUAAUCCAAAAAGAGUGGGGGGGCACAAACAUUUAUGUACAUUUACUGCUACAAGUGUAAAUAGAGAUACACUGAUACAACGGUUUGAGUACAAACUUGGAAACGGUAUGCGAUAUACAAGCACAUUAACCCCUUAAAACCCCACAAAAGGCAAUGGAUCAGAUUUAGCGAUACGAAGAGUUACUAGACUGAUUAAGUAUUGCGCUAACAUGAAAACACAAAUUCGGUUACUUCCACCCACAAGUUACUUCACGCUAAUGUAUCUACUCGUUCUGAUCACGCCGAAUCAAACUAUUCCUCAAAAGAAGGAAUCGUAACCACUGACAUCCAACUAACACACACAAAAGCAGUCAACACGGCUUCUUCUUCAACACACGUCAACACAUCUUCACAGUUAAACCCAUUUUAGUCAUCGUUUCAUUUUUUAAAGCAAAUUAGAAGGAAGCAGCUGUUGGUUAGUUUUUGACUUCAGUUGUUCGUCUUUUUUUUUUUUUUUCUCAAAAAGUCACUCUAGUAAAAAGUUCGCCAAGACACAAAAACCUGCAUAUGUGUAACAAUCUUUUCACAUUGCUCUGUGAAAGCAAGGCAAAUAUAUACAGAUCAUGUUAAAACAUCAACAACAGCAAAAAACCUUCACAAAUCCUUCAUCUUUUUUUCAAUUGCAGAUUCCACAGCAACUGAUCUGUUAAGCCUGUCUUGCUGUGAAAGCGUAAGGAAAACAGUCUUGACCUUUAAAAGCAGAUUUCUAUGAUUAUCCAAUCAGCUGUUUUUGUAAACCUUGGAUUAAUCACUUGUAUCACUGUUCAUUAAUAUGCAUUUGUGCACAAUAGGAAUGAUGGGCUAAACUGACAAACAAAAAUACUGUAGCGCAGUGUCUGUAGGACUCUUUGUAUGGGCCUCCGUAAAAAAGACCCAAGUGGGAUUUCUUGGGUCUCAGCAGAUCAUGCGAAAAUUGUUAGGUGUUUUCCAUUUCAUAGCAAUAUUAUUGCAAACAGGCUUACUACAUUGUUGCAUGUGAACAGUUGAAAUAGAGUUUUAAAAAAAUUACUAGACUUAAAAGCCGCUUUUCCACUAUCGGGCCGAACGGUUCUCUUUGCUUAACCGUUCCGUUCUGUGCCGAUCAGGGCCAGUCAACACGGAUACGGUUUCGUUUUCCACUGCGGGGCUGAUAACGGAUCUCUUUGGAAUGAAAUUCAAAUGCGUCAGUCGUUGCCGUGGUAACACAAGUGUUAUAACCACAGCGUUAUGGAGGAUGAUCAGAAAUUUCUUUAGAUUUUAUUACUAAUUUGUGUUUACAUUGCUCAAAAUAGCGCGCUUAGCAAGCUACGGAGAAACUAGCAGCCAGGCAACAGACAAGUGACAGAUCCUGAGUGGCGAGGUCACGCACACGCACUCUACCAGCACGGCUCAGUACGGUUGUCUAACCGUGCCGAGAAUUCCAGGCCGAGAACGGUUUGUAAUCGUGCCGCGCCGUACCAGGCUCACAAAAACAACUGGAACCGUACCUGACCGUUCUUAGAACCGUUCG